AUGAAAUGAAUUAAGUACGUAUUAAACAAUUUUGAAUGAAUUUGUACACAAGAUAACAAAUUAAACAAAGAAAUUUAUAAACAUUCCCCUUAAUGUUUACUCAAUUAUUUCCUUUUUACCUUCUACAUAUAACGGGUGAUUUUUUUGAGGUUAGGAUUUUCAUGCAUUAGUAUUUGACAGAUCACGUGGGAUUUCAGACAUGGUGUCAAAGAGAAAGAUGCUCAGUAUGCUUUGACAUUUCAUCAUGAAUAGACUUACUAACGAGCAACGCUUGCAAAUCAUUGAAUUUUAUUACCAAAAUCAGUGUUCGGUUCGAAAUGUGUUUCGCGCUUUACGUCCGAUUUAUGGUCUACAUAAUCGACCAAGUGAGCAAACAAUUAAUGCGAUUGUGACCAAGUUUCGCACUCAGUUUACUUUAUUGGACAUUAAACCAACCACACGAAUGCGUACAGUGCGUACAGAAGAGAAUAUUGCGUCUGUUUCUGAGAGUGUGGCUGAAGACCGUGAAAUGUCGAUUCGUCGCCGUUCGCAGCAAUUGGGUUUGUGUUAUUCGACCACAUGGAAGAUUUUACGCAAAGAUCUUGGUGUAAAACCGUAUAAAAUACAGCUCGUGCAAGAACUGAAGCCGAACGAUCUGCCACAACGUCGAAUUUUCAGUGAAUGGGCCCUAGAAAAGUUGGCAGAAAAUCCGCUUUUUUAUCGACAAAUUUUGUUCAGCGAUGAGGCUCAUUUCUGGUUGAAUGGCUACGUAAAUAAGCAAAAUUGCCGCAUUUGGGGUGAAGAGCAACCAGAAGCCGUUCAAGAACUGCCCAUGCAUCCCGAAAAAUGCACUGUUUGGUGUGGUUUGUACGCUGGUGGAAUCAUUGGACCGUAUUUUUUCAAAGAUGCUGUUGGACGCAACGUUACGGUGAAUGGCGAUCGCUAUCGUUCGAUGCUAACAAACUUUUUGUUGCCAAAAAUGGAAGAACUGAACUUGGUUGACAUGUGGUUUCAACAAGAUGGCGCUACAUGCCACACAGCUCGCGAUUCUAUGGCCAUUUUGAGGGAAAACUUCGGACAACAAUUCAUCUCAAGAAAUGGAUCCGUAAGUUGGCCACCAAGAUCAUGCGAUUUAACGCCUUUAGACUAUUUUUUGUGGGGCUACGUCAAGUCUAAAGUCUACAGAAAUAAGCAAGCAACUAUUCCAGCUUUGGAAGACAACAUUUCCUAAGAAAUUCGGGCUAUUCCGGCCGAAAUGCUCGAAAAAGUUGCCCAAAAUUGGACUUUCCGAAUGGACCACCUAAGACGCAGCCGCGGUCAACAUUUAAAUGAAAUUAUCUUCAAAAAGUAAAUGUCAUGAACCAAUCUAACGUUUCAAAUAAAGAACCGAUGAGAUUUUGCAAAUUUUAUGCGUUUUUUUUUUAAAAAAAGUUAUCAAGCUCUUAAAAAAUCACCCUUUAGGUUACAUGACAGACUUGUAUAAAUUGUUCAACGGCAUGAAUCUUCAACUGCAAGGCGAUAAACUAAAUUUAAUUAAAACAAAAAACUUCGUUGCUGCUUUCGCAGCCAAACUGCUUCUACACAAAAAGAAUCU